GAAGCGUGCAUCACAAAACCCUGGUAUUCAAACACCGCGUUUUGUUACAGUGCCUUCAAGACCGGCAUGCAAUGCUUCGACCAAUACGCAGCCACGUGUCUGAAUGGUGACGAACGUGAAGUGAUGAACAGAAAUGUAGCAGGUGCAAGACACACGUUCAGCUACCUCUGUGACGACCCUUCGUUCCAGACAGAAUAUCUUCAAUACAACUCGUGCUACAGAAAAGUUUCCAAGGACUGGGACAGGUGUGCCAACAGUUUCCUGGAGAGGGUAAACCACUCUUAUGCGAAGGCCUUCGAUAUCUGCUGCGCCAACCACGCGUUUUUGGACUGCGUGUUCGAGGUGGGACAGAAGAAAUGUAAAUAUGAAGCUGCCGUGUUUCUGCGUCGAAUAGCUGGUAUACUUGCUAACGUACGAGUAUAUGACGCUGCCUGCAAAACCAAGGGAACAGCUGAAGACCGAUGUUCAGCUGCCCAGUGGCGCCCAACGGUUCUUUUCAUAAUCAGCGCCGUAACCCUUGCACUAACUACAGAAAUAUUUGGCAGUUCCUGAAUCGAUUAAUCAGUGUGUCGUAAGAUUAACAUCCACAGACUAUAUUCGUAAAAUUUAACAAGCUAUAAUAUAAGGACAUUUUUACAAGUAUUUAAUUUUUAUUGCUGGUGUAGAAUAUAGAUAUCAUAAAUUUUUAACGGAUCGCAGAACAUAGAAAAAAUAAUACAGAGACAAUGAAGGUUUACGAUAGAUCUGAAAUAACGUAGUGAAAUAUUAUGUAAUAACACAGCCAUCGAAUCGCUUAAUCGAUCCAGUUAUAUUAAUGAAUAAAGAGUCUUAUAAAAGUAGU